GAAAAACAAACUGCUUGCAUAUCUGUUCAAAAAUGUUAACUUCCAGAAGUAUCAUCUAAAUAAUUCAAACCAAGUUUGAAAAAUUGUCACGUGAGAUUUUGGAGGGUAGGCCUACCACGAGGUAAACAGGUUAAAAUAAGGAGUAAUGUCAAUAGGGCUAUUCUUCGUUGGAUUGCUGUAAAACUCUAACUUCAGUCAUGCUCUCAAUGACAAUAAUAGUAGAGGACGUGCUGUAUGCUAAGGUCAAUAAACGUACCAUGAAAGAAGGAUGUCCUCUCCCGUUCUUCUUAUUUGAGCACUUCAGUUGCGUUAACUCAAAAUAUACAUAUAAGUCAUCAAAACUGGCAUUUAGCAUGUAUUCCAACACCUGCGUUUCACAAUUGAGGAAUAAUUCAACAAGUUAAAACAAAUCAGUGAAGAUACAAUUGAAAAUAAAACCGUUAAGCUACAGACUCCGUCAGACGUUCCUCGGUUUGAAAGCCCGCCAUGAACCAUUGGCGCCAAUCAUUGUUCGCGCCUCUACGUCUCCGUGCGUAUAAACUUCCGGCUAAUCAAAUACGGAGAGAAGCGCUGUCACCCCAAAGUAGCAAAAAUUAGGCACUUGUUGGGAAGUGAAAGCGGCGUGACAACUUUGCUCAGUGGAUGAGCAGUUUAUAACCACAAGGCGCUGUUAAUUACACCUUUAUAACUGCAAUAAUGCUCGCUUUCGGUCUAACAAUUGUCCGUCAUUUGUGUGUGUGUUUUUUUUAUAUAUAUAUUUAUUGGCCAGUCUUACUGCUUCGGUUUACCAGUGGUGAAACGCAGUGCAACAAAGAUGGGAUUUUACAAGGUCAGAAGAUAGACUCUCCUCUCUCUGAUAUUGGGAUACGCCAGUCUGAGGCUGCUGGGCAGUACCUCGGGGAUGUGAAGUUCACAAAUGUGUUUGUCAGUGACAUGAAGCGUGCCAAGCAGACUGCAGAGAUCAUUGUGAGGAACAACAGAACCUGCCAUGACAUAGAAUUAGUAAUGGAUCCAUCACUUAAAGAGAGAGUCUUUUUUUUUCAGAGUUUUGGUAUAGCUGAAGGAGGUCAAGUUAAAGAAAUGAAAAAUAUGGCUAAAGCAGCCGGACAGUCUUUACCAGAGUAUACUCCUCCUGAGGGAGAGACCAUGGAUCAGGUGAAGGUACGAAUCAAGGAUUUUCUUAAGGCAAUGUUCCAGCGAAUAGCUAAUGACCAUCAAGAAAAAGUACAAGAUGGUGAGACACCUAUACCUAAAAUAGACGGGGCUGGUCUACCAAAUGACGGCGUUCUAAAUGUGCCUAUCCAUGCGCUGGUGGUUGGCCAUGGGGCUUAUAUGAGCAUAGCAAUGCAGUAUUUUUUUGAGGACCUAAAGUGCCCCUCGCCCCAUGGUUCAGACCCAGCUCAAAGGUUUUCCAUAUGCCCAAACACCGGAAUGUGCCAAUUUAUCAUUGUUUUUAAUUGUAGAGACGCAGGUCUUACUCUUUCAGAUAUUAAAUGUGUGUUCAUCAACAGAAGAGACCACAUCAUGUCUGAAUAAGAACAAAUAUCAAUGUAAAAUAAAUGAAACAUGGAUGGUAAGUUUCGCAGUAAAAUUGGUUUACAUGAAUUAUGCAAGGAUAAAGUGUUGUAUCCAAGCACUUUACCUUAAUUAAUUUCAAAAUAUAAAUUACACUGUUGAAAGGUGAUCUUCACAAAGGUCUGAGUUGACAAACUGUAUGUCUUAUGAAUCAUUUGAAUUUGAACUGUUUGUACAGUCCGGUGACUCAAAUCGCUGUAUUGUCUAGGUUUAAAAUAUCACAUGUUUACAAUUUAGACACAGACAAUGGAAAAUAUUUCAUAUUAAAGCUGUUCAACAUUCUGUGUGGGAGUUUUA